AUGGCAGAACUUCACCAAGAGUCCAGGAGGGAGCGGCUGCUCCAGAGUCUCCAGCACAAAGAGACAGACUUGAAGAGUCUCCAACAGGAGGCGCAGGACAUCAGAUGCUCUGCCCAGAGAGCAGUGCAGUGCAGCGGGGACAGUUUCAGAGACAUGGCCUUUCUCCUGGACAAAACACGCUCUGAAGUGGAGCAGCAGAUCUGGUCCCAUCAGGAGACCCAACUGAGCCAAAUCCAAGAACUUCAGGACGAAGUGCAACAGGACAUGAAUGAGCUGAGGAAGGGCAUCUCUGAGCUGGACACACUGGAGCACGCAGAGUUUCUACAGCUCACACAGAAGACAGUCAGGAUUCACACAGGGCUCCGUCACAAGUUUGAGGAGGUGACCCCAGUGGUAUCAGCGCUCAGGGACAAACUCCAGCUCACUCUGGAAGAAGGCCUGGCCAACGUCUCACAAGCUCUGGGUCCAGACGAGGUUUUACCAGCGCCAGAUGAACCCAGCACCAGAGAGGAGUUCUUAAAAUAUUCAUCAGAAAUCACACUGGACCCAAACACCACAAGCAAAUAUCUGUCACUCUCUGAUGGGAACAGAAAAGCAACAGUGAUCGGUGUAGAGCAGAAUUACCCUGAUCAUCCAGACAGAUUCACUUACUGGGAUCAGGUCUUGAGUAGAGAGAGUCUGACAGGCCGCUGUUACUGGGAGGUGGAACGUAGUGGGCACUGGGUUCGUAUAGCAGUUUCAUACAAGGAUAUUCAAAGAGAGGGAAACUCUGCUGAAUGUGGAUUUGGAUUCAAUGAUAAAUCCUGGGCCUUAGAGUGUAAAUCCAGCAGUUAUUCAUUUCGGUUUAACUCAGUCGAGUCCCAGGUUUCUGGUCCAGCCUCGUCCAGAAUAGGGGUUUACCUGGACUACAAUGCAGGGGUUUUGUCAUUUUAUAGCAUCUCUCUAAGUACCAUGAGCCUCCUCCACAGAGUCCAGACCACUUUCACUCAGCCUCUGUAUGCUGGAGUCUGGAAUUACUGGAGGCCAGGCGACACUGCACAUUUUCCUAAACUCAACUAGCACCGUUAUUCUCACCAGUUUUUCCAUGUCUUUGUUCCUCUUAAUAAUGCUGGAGGUGUUUUGAAAGACUAGGGGAAAUUUCAUGUUGAAUG